CAGAGCGCCAACCCGCGAGCGCCCGAUCGCCGGCGUGCUGCUUCACUCGCCGCCCGCCAUGGCCUUCGCUGCCGCGCUCCUCGCCGUGCUGGCCGCGCUCCUCGCCGCCGCCGCUGCAGGCGGAGACGCCGCGCCCGGCAAAAUCGCGGUGGUCGGGGCUGGAAUCGGGGGCUCUGCUGUGGCCCAUUUCCUCCAGCAGCACUUCGGACCCCGGAUGCAGAUCGACGUGUACGAGAAGGGGACUGUUGGCGGCCGCUUGGCCACCAUCUCAGUCAACAAGCAGCACUACGAGAGCGGAGCCGCCUCCUUCCACUCCCUGAGCCUGCAUAUGCAGGACUUCGUCAAGCUCCUGGGGCUGAGGCAGCGGCGCGAGGUGGUGGGCAGGAGCGCCAUCUUCGGCGGGGAACACUUCGUGCUGGAGGAGACUGACUGGUACCUGCUGAACCUGUUCCGCCUCUGGUGGCACUACGGCAUCAGCUUCCUGAGGCUGCAGAUGUGGGUGGAGGAGGUCAUGGAGAAGUUCAUGAGGAUCUAUAAGUACCAGGCCCACGGUUUUGCUUUCUCGGGCGUGGAGGAGCUGCUCUACUCACUGGGGGAGUCUGCCUUCGUCAACAUGACCCAGCGCACUGUGACCGAGUCCCUGCUCCAGGUGGGCGUCACGCAGCGCUUUAUCGACGACGUCGUCUCUGCCGUCCUGCGGGCCAGCUAUGGCCAGUCAGCAGCAAUGCCUGCCUUUGCUGGAGCCAUGUCACUCGCCGGGGCCCAAGGCAGCCUGUGGUCUGUGGAGGGAGGCAACAAGCUGGUUUGUUCCGGUUUGCUGAAGCUCACCAAGGCCAAUGUGAUCCAUGCCACCGUGACCUCCGUGACCCUGCACAGCACAGAAGGGAAAGCCCUGUACCAGGUGGGGUAUGAGAAUGAGGGAGGCAACAGCUCAGACUUAUACGACAUUGUGGUCAUCGCCACCCCUCUGCACCUGGACAACAGCAGCAGCAACUUCACCUUUGAAGGAUUCAACCCACCCAUUGAUGACGUCCAGGGCUCGUUCCAGCCCAGCGUGGUCUCCUUGGUCCACGGCUACCUCAACUCUUCCUACUUUGGAUUCCCAGACCCUAAGCUUUUCCCCUUUGCCAGCAUCCUUACCACAGAUUUCCCCAGCUUCUUCUCCACUCUGGACAACAUCUGUCCCGUCAACAUCUCGGCCAACUUCCGGCGAAAGCAGCCCCAGGAGGCAGCUGUUUGGCGAGUCCAGUCCCCCAAGCCCCUCUUUCGGACCCAGCUGAAGACCCUCUUCCGUUCCUAUUACUCAGUGCAGACAGCUGAGUGGCAGGCCCAUCCCCUGUACGGCUCCCGCCCCACUCUCCCAAGGUUCGCGCUCCACGACCAACUCUUCUACCUCAAUGCUCUGGAGUGGGCAGCCAGCUCUGUGGAGGUGAUGGCCGUCGCUGCCAAGAAUGUGGCCUUGCUGGCUUAUAACCGCUGGUACCAGGACCUGGACAAGAUCGACCAAAAGGAUUUGAUGCACAAGGUCAAGACUGAACUGUGAGGGCUCUGGGGAGAGCCCAAGAACUCCCGCCCCCCCACUGAAGAUGGCUCACACCCCACAGCCCAGGAUUGAAUGAGCCAAGCUCUCUCUCUCUGACCCCUCAGUACCGAGCAUCUUCUCCCUCCAGUGUCGGUCCGGGUGGCCGCUGUCUACCUAUCUCGAGAAUCCUCAUGGUGGUUGCUUCUUUUUUUUUUUAAGGAGGACAGUAAGAAAAGGGAAGGGAAUUCAAGCCAGUAUAUUUGUUUUAUUUAUUUUUCUUAAGAAGAAAUAAAAGUCCAUCUUCUCAAGCUGCUUCUGACUUGGUUUUCUAACUAGGAACUAGGACGGCUGUGGGAGGGAUUACAAGGCAGAGGACUUUGAGUCUAAUUUUUUUACUGUACUUUACCACCUACUCCCAAAAUGGACAACCAAUUGAGGCAGGCUACAAGAAAAUGUUUACAACCAGAUGGUUGUAAAUGAAGUAAAAGGGAAAAUCAGAAAACCUAAGAACGAUUAUAGCUCCUGUUUCCUGUGGGCUUGCUAGAUGUGAGGCAGCUAGUUCAGAACUUACUAGACACCAUCUCCAAGCCUCUCCACAAUACUGCGUACUGGAGGAGGUGACUGUGGUGGGACCCAAGGAAGAGAGGUGUGCCUCAACAGAGCCAUCAGUACAGCUUCGAGCUUCCUGGCAACCAGAGGGAAAAGAGAAACAUAUCAGGCUAUAGGAGGAGGGAGCCCGGAGGAAUUGACCAUUCCCUUCCUUAUUCAGGGGUUGAGGAAUAAUACAAUGGAUUUGUCUUGCAAAGAAGGCAAGUCCACAGGCAUAGAGAGCAGUCCUAUCUCACCCCCAAACAUUCACCCCAGCAGAAGGAAAGGAAAGAAGGCAUUGCGAUGGUUCUCCAAAGAGUAACCUGGCGCUUUCUCCUGUGACACUAGCUUGAAAGGAGAGGAAGAUGAUGUUUUGCUUUGCUUUUCCUACGAACGUUUAAAGGUCAGUAGUUUUAGAAAAGAAAGUAAAAGUCCUUUUCGUUCCUUU